AUGCAAUGGUUUUUUGUGCAGAAGCCGCCAGCUGCCGCGUACCGCCGACUUCACGCUAGCGCCGCCGCAUGCCUGUCCUCCGCUGCCGCUCCGCUCCCCGCGCCGCGCGGCAGACGACGCCAUCUGAAGAGGAGCGCUCGGGGGCUUUUGACGCCGCGGCGGCCGGGCGGCAGCAGCAGCAGCGACCGCUCCUCCGCUGCUAAAGAUCUCCGGCCGCAGGAGCAGCCGGAGGUGGUGACCGCGGGCGAAAGCGCCGCAGCGGUUGCUCUUUUCUUGCCGCACGACGACGACGACGACGCGGAAUACGUGCGGCUACUGGUCUCCGAGCUUGCGGAGGGACCGGGCGAGAAACCGGGCGACGAGCCGGGGAUCCUGCUGUUAUUCUUGUCUAUGGUGCAGUUCGUGGGGCCGAAGCACCGCCGAACUGAGCCCAACAGCUGGCCGGCUCUGCUGGCAUGCAAACAGGGGGCCGGCUCAGCCCCCAUGCGCACCUCCUCCUCCUCCUCCCCCGUCUCGGCCAAAUCCAUGCGGUUUAUUUGGAACAACAUUUUCAGCAAAGGAUCGCAUAUGCUGCAGUGUCUUUGUGGCAGGAGCCUCAAGAAAAACAAGAACCCAACUGAACCACAGCUGAAGGGCAUAGUGACCAGGUUAUUCUGCAGGCAGGGCUUCUAUCUCCAGAUGGGCCAGGAUGGAAGUUUGGACGGGACCAAAGACGACAGCACCAACUCCUCUCUGUUCAACUUAAUUCCUGUGGGUCUGAGAGUUGUGGCCAUCCAGUCGGUCAAGACUGGCCUCUACAUCGCCAUGAACGGAGAGGGUCACCUCUACUCCUCAGAGUUGUUUACGGCGGAGUGUAAGUUUAAGGAGUCGGUGUUUGAAAACUACUAUGUGAUCUACAGCUCUAUGCUGUACAGACAGCAGGAGUCAGGCCGGGCCUGGUUUCUGGGCCUCAAUAAAGAAGGACAAGCCAUGAAGGGCAACAGGGUCAAAAAGACGAAACCAGCCGCACACUUCCUGCCUAAACCUAUAGAAGUUGCAAUGUACAGAGAGCCUUCAUUGCAUGACGUCGGGGAGGCGGUGCCUAAAGCUGCCGGAGGCCCGCCUUCGAAAAGCACAACCAGCGAGCCGGUGGUCAUGAACGGCGGCAAGCCAGUCAACAAGCCUGACAAGGAGGCGACAUAA